CUGAGUUUAGGAGCUGUCUCUAAUAUUGGAAGCUUAGCUAGUUCUUCUAAAAAUAGUCCAAGGAGUUGUAAAGUUGUUAAUGAUAAGAGUAUAAACAACCAUGAAAACACCCAUAACGCUGAUCAGAGUAGCAUUUUAGAUAUCAGUGAUUUACUACAAAACACAAGCGCCCAUACCUCAGACGCUUCGGUUAUUAAUACGAGUAUCUUCCCUAAAGCCGUCCAGUCUAGUCCCUUGAAAAUAUACUCGUCACCAUUUGUAAGAAGGUUGGAUGAAAACACUUCAAAACACCAGCAGACCUACAGAAAGUUCUCCUUAAUUUCACUAAAGUCAUUGUUGAGCGAACUCAAAGAAAUCGAUCAAUCAUUUUUCAAGUCGCUAACGUUUGUUGGGGUAUUUGCAAAUGACAUCUUUGUUCAGCAUCAAACAAAUCUUAUAAAAAUUGACAAGGAGUCUUUUCUUUUCAAUGUUUUUUACCAAAAAAUUUUGAAAGAGUUUGGAAACUUUGAGAGUAUUGAGUUGCAGCACGCGGUUGAGACUGGUGUACAUGAAGAUCUGUGGGAACUGCUGAGAGAGUACUUUGGAGUCCACAUUGAGAACAAGCAGAUCAUUGCAGUCCCUAAACUAUACGACAUUGUGCCUGAAGACGAAUCUGGUCUUGGCGACAACAAUGGUAGUGGUUUUGCGGGAUGCUUUGGAGAGCUAACUGUUGAAAAAACAGAUGAGGUUGGCACAAUCAAAAGCAUUGCUCAAGGUGUUGCUAAGAUCUAUGCA